GUCUCCGUCUCCCAGUCGUCAAGUAGUGCGGAGCCCCACCGCUCACCUAGCCGCCUAGCUCGGGCCCGGGCUGGCCACCGUCCCGUGCGUGGCAGUUUUGGGCCGACAGUCGCCCGCCCCGGGCACCCCGCCGCCGCCAUGCUCAAGGCGUUCGAGGACGUGCAGAAGCAGAUCGGCAGACAAGUGUGGAAGCCUUUCAGCAUCGACAAUGUCAUCUUCCGCCUCCACUACCGCCUCACCUUUUGGGCCCUGCUGACGGCCACCAUCCUGGUGUCGAGUCGGCAGUACAUCGGGGAGCACAUCCGCUGCAUCAGCGACACGGUGCCCAACAACGUCAUCAACACCUUCUGCUUCUUCACGACGACCUUCACCAUCCCCAGGUUCAACAAUGACACCCAGGUGCCGCACCCCGGCGUGGGCCCCAUGGGGCGCGCCGAGCUGGCCAGCGAGUCCGUGGUGCACCACGCCUACUACCAGUGGGUGCCCUUCGUGCUCUUCGGCCAGGCCAUCAUGUUCUACCUGCCCCACCUGGUGUGGCGCGUCGUCGAGGGCGGCACCAUCAAGGUGCUGGUGGAGGGCCUGCAGUUCGGCUACCUGGCCAUCGCGGACCGAGACGUCGGCAAGGCGCCGUCCAAGAGCAAGUACAUGGCCAAGGUGAACGUGGUGCGGACAACCUUCAUGAACCGGCUGAAGCUGAACCAAUGGUGGGGCCACUGGCUGAUCGGCUGCGAGGUCCUCAACGCCCUCAACCUCAUCCUGCAGGUGCUCAUGACUGACGCCUUCCUGGGCGGCAAGUUCCUGGGCCUGGGCCCCGCCGUCGUCAACCAGCAGCCAGCGGACACCGAGUGCCUGGACCUCGUGUUCCCCAAGGUGACCAAGUGCGCCUUCAUGAAGUACGGUGCCAGUGGCACCAUCCAGACGCACGACGCGCUCUGCAUCAUGGCGCUCAACAUCAUCAACGAGAAGAUCUACACGUUCCUGUGGUUCUGGUUCGCCAUCCUGGCCGUGCUCACGGCCGGCGGGCUGCUCUGGCGCGUGCUCACCCUGCUGCUGCACCACCGGUCGCCGCGCUUCAACCAGUUGCUGUUCGACUACGACAACCGCCUGAACCCCGAGGACUUCGAGAUUGUCAUCAGCCGCUGCGAGUUCUCCCACUGGCUGUUCCUGCUGUACCUCUGCAAGAACAUGCACCAGAGCGCCAAGAACAUGCUCUUCAGGGACCUGGCGCAGGAGAUGCGCGACCUCAAGAGCAACGGCUACCACAACCGCAACACCCUGCCGCUGUCGCUGUCGUCCGACUACCCCAAGAAGAGCCCCAGCCCUGCCAGCGAGCUGCGGCCCCGCGGCGUGCCAGUCAGCCUGGACGAGCCCGACGAGUCCCUCAUGAGCCAGCCCAGCCAGCCCCUGCUGCCGGCCGCCGCCCCCGGCGACGUGGACCCCCAGGGCAGGCCGCACAGUGACUAGGCCGGCACACUGUCUCACUGCCUCCCCCUCAGGUCUCCCUAGUCACCUCGUCUCGCAGAGCCCUGCGCACUGAUUCCCGAGAGUCCUUUUCGUCGCCCUGUCUCUCUCGCACCUUUACGGAACGCCCAUAGGGGGCGAGAGAGACAGGGCGUCGGAAACGACUCUCGGAAUCAGUCUGCAGGGCCGGUCGAGCCAUCGCCAGCAGAAGAAUCGUUCGUCGCUCUGUCUCCGUCGCACUCGUGGAGCCCUCCGUGAGGGUGCGAGAGAGACAGAGCGACAAACCGCGCUCGACUGGACCUCUUACUUAAUUUACGCGUGGGCCUUCUUUAUUCAUAAGUGCUGUGAUCUUGACAGUGUUGGGAGUGGAGUAAUUACUUAAGCGUGUGUGUGUGUGAGUGUGCGUGUGUGUGAGUGUGUCAUGUCGUCUGUGUACGCUAUAUGGUUGAGGGGAGAACAACGAACCCCGAUCCAACUGCCACAACAUUUUUUAUUUGUAUAAAUAAUUUAACAUUUUUAAAUAGUUUGUAAUAAUAAAGUUAACGAUUAAGAUUAA